AUGGUGAUGACGAUUUUGCUACGCACACGACGACCAGAGGAGAUGAGGGGAGAAGCAGUCUUGGAUGACAGAGCCCAAUAUCUGCAGAGAGGAGAGGGUGAAGAGUGGUUGGCAUGUUGGUGGCUGAAGCAGUGUAGUAGAGAGAAGAGGGUGAAGAGUAGGCUGGAGCAGUGUUGUGUUGGUGGCUGGAGCAGUAUUGUGUUGGUGGCUGGCAUGUUGGUGACUGAAGUAAGCAAGAUUGUGUUAGUGGCUAGAGGUUGGCAUGUUGGUCGCGAGAGCAGUGUUAUGUUGGUGGUUGGAGGCUGGCAUGUUGGUGGUUGGAGCAGGAUUGUGUUGCUGGCUGGAGCAUUAUAG